AUGGCUCUUUUGCAAGUCGGCACCCAGCUCUUCAAAGUCCCGCGCCGGAAGUUCGAAGACGGCUCAGAGAUCUUCAGAGACAUGUUCGCCGUGCCCCAACUUGGGUCUGACGUCGCUGCCGAAGGAUCGUCCGAUGACCGUCCGCUGGUGCUAGAGGGCAUCAGAGAGGAAGACUUUUGCGCGUUCCUACGUGCGCUCUUUGCCCCUCGUUACGGCUGCAAGACGUCGGCGCUUCCAUCAUACCGCGCUCCGGAGGCAUGGAUCGCUGUCUUGAAGCUCUCGACAUUGUGGCACUUUGAUCUUCUCCGCACAGACGCGAUCGAGGCGCUCAAUUCUCAACGCCUUACAGACGAGCAGCCCGUGGGCGCUCUCAUCGUGGCAAGGCUCUACGAUGUCCCCGGACUCCUCCUCCCUGCGAUACAUGCCCUCGCUCGACGGACGGAAUCUAUUCGGAUCGAAGAAGCGGAGUUGCUGGGACUGUCGACGACUGUCAAGUUGGCGGCAGUGCGCGAGUCAUUCCUGCGGUUCAACAGGGGUAGUAGUACUAUGCCGGUUUCCUUGCAGCAGCAGGAUCGUCUCGACAAGCAUAUAAGGGAAGUGUUCAAGGACGAACUACCUGAAGCCGCAAAGUCGUAG